GAGCCCCCCAACUGAGGGGCCUGUGGGUAGGGCCAGAGUGGAGGAGGCGGAGCUUCAGAGCAGGAGAGCUGGGGGUCGGGGCUGGAGCCUUAUUGCAGAAGCUUGAGCUCAAACCCCAGUGAGUCUCUCCGAGCUAGCGCAGUUCUCUAGACCCAGACCCCAAAGAGCAGAGUCCUGCUACCUUUGGCUCCUGGCCUGCGGUGCCAUCAGAUCCUUUCCUUCCUCAUGCUGUCCCCCCCUGCUCCGGAGACCCCUGUUCCAAUGUCUCAGACUGAGGCGGACCUGGCGUUGAAGUCCCCGCCGCCUCCCGCUCCUGCCGGGGUUCCCCGCCUCGGUCCGGCGCCCCGGCGGAUGCGUCGCUUCUCCGGAAAAGGGGAGCUCCGACCACGCUCCACGCGUUUCAGCCGCCGCAGUUCGGUGGACCUGGGGUUCCUGAGCACUUGGUCUGAGCCCGCCCCGCCCCUCCCUGAUCCCCCGGGCCCUCCGGAUUUAAGUAGUCCGGGUUCCCCCAAGUCCGUACAACCUAGCUUCGGGGAGCAGGCGGAAGGUGCACCAAGCGUGGGUCCUGCAGGGAAGCCAGGAGAGCUAGGGCGUCCGGAACUCUCAGGAUCGGGGGGAGGCCUGGGUUUUGGGGAGAUGCUGCAGAGCCCCGGUGGGGUGGCGCCUGAGAGGCUACGAGAGCAGGAGGAGAAGGAAGAUACGGAGACGCAGGCUGUGGCCACGUCCCCGGACGGCCGCUAUCUUAAGUUCGACAUCGAAAUCGGACGUGGUUCCUUUAAGACUGUCUACAGGGGUUUGGACACGGAUACUACGGUGGAGGUCGCUUGGUGUGAGCUGCAGACUCGGAAACUGUCCCGGACAGAGAGGCAGCGUUUCUCCGAAGAGGUGGAGAUGUUGAAAGGGCUGCAGCACCCCAAUAUCGUCCGCUUCUACGACUCGUGGAAAUCUGUGCUGAAGGGCCAAGUCUGCAUUGUACUAGUCACAGAACUUAUGACUUCGGGCACGCUCAAGACAUACUUGAGGCGAUUCCGUGAAAUGAAGCCUCGGGUCCUUCAGCGCUGGAGCCGACAGAUCCUGCGUGGGCUGCACUUCCUGCACUCCCGGGACCCCCCUAUCUUGCACCGGGACCUCAAGUGCGAUAACGUCUUUAUUACGGGGCCCACUGGCUCAGUCAAGAUCGGGGACCUUGGCCUAGCCACACUGAAGCGCACCUCCUUUGCCAAGAGUGUCAUCGGAACCCCGGAGUUCAUGGCACCUGAGAUGUACGAGGAGAAAUACGAUGAGGCAGUGGAUGUAUAUGCAUUUGGCAUGUGCAUGUUGGAGAUGGCCACUUCUGAGUAUCCUUAUUCUGAGUGUCAGAAUGCUGCCCAAAUCUAUCGCAAGGUCACUUCGGGCACGAAGCCUAAUAGUUUUCACAAAGUGAAGGUACCAGAGCUGAAGGAGAUAAUAGAAGGCUGUAUCCGCACAGAUAAGAAUGAGAGGUUCACCAUCCAGGAUCUCCUGGCCCAUGCCUUCUUUCGAGAAGAGCGAGGUGUACAUGUGGAACUGGCAGAGGAGGAUGAUGGGGAAAAGCAGGGGCUGAAGUUGUGGUUGCGAAUGGAAGAUGCCAGGAGGGUUGGCCGUCCUCGAGACAACCAGGCCAUUGAGUUUUUAUUCCAGCUGGGAAGGGAUGCGGCUGAGGAAGUGGCCCAGGAAAUGGUGGCCCUGGGACUAGUCUGUGAAGCAGAUUACCAGCCUGUAGCUAGAGCUGUUAGAGAAAGAGUCGCUGCCAUUCAACGAAAAAGAGAGAAGCUUCGUAGAGCUCGGGAGACAGAGCCACUCCCAGCACCCCCAGGACCACCUCCAGUGGUUGCCCCCACAGCUCCUGGUCCCGAAGCUCCCUUUCCCCCUGAACCUGAGGAACCUGAGGCGGAUCAGCACCAGCCAUUCCUUUUCCGUCACGCCAGCUACUCCUCUACCACUUCGGAUUGUGAGACUGAUGGUUACAUUAGCUCCUCUGGCUUCAUUGAAACUUCAGACCCAGUGCUCCAGCCUCAUGGAAGAGAACCAUCCAGCCCUGCUGAUCCUCAGAUCUGCCUGCCUUCGGCCUUUGCCUUAUCCAUUCCCCGAUCUGGUCCAGCCAGUGACUUCUCCCCUGGGGAUAGCUUUCCUCUUCCUUCUUCUACUUCCUCCCCUUUCUCCAGUUAUACUUCAGAUGCAGCAUCGGGACUCAGUGAUGUAGGAGAAGGUCCAGGAAGAAUGAGGAGACCCCCUGGGAGAAGCCCAAAGCGUAGACCUCGAUCCCGCCUACGUGUUACCAGCGUGUCGGACCAGAAUGAUCGAGUCGUUGAGUGUCAGUUGCAGACACACAACAGCAAGAUGGUGACCUUCCGAUUCGACUUGGAUGGAGACAGUCCUGAGGAGAUCGCAGCUGCCAUGGUAUAUAAUGAGUUCAUUCUGCCGUCUGAGCAGAAUGGAUUCCUGGGCCGCAUUCGGGAAAUUAUUCAGCGUGUGGAGACCUUGCUGAGGAGAGAAGGGGGCCCUGGAGAUGCCCCAACUCCCCAGCAGGAGGAGCCCAUGAUACCGGCUCUCCCUGGCCCCCUCUCACUCCCAGUCAGUGAAACCAAGAACAGCACUUCUCUGGAACAGAGAAACUGGACAUCUUUUCCUUCCUCUCCCUCGUCACCUACUCCAGGUCCUUCCUUCCCCAUCACAGCCCCCCACUUACCUAUCACUUCCUCUCCAUAUCCCCUCACUUCCUCCCAGUUUCCUUCUAGUCCUUCCCAGUUCCCCAACACAUCUUUCCAGCUCCCGAGUCUCUCUCCUUUCCCGCUCAGUCCUCCAUCCCAGUUUCCUCCUAUUCUUUCCCAGUUCCCCAUUCCAUCCUCCCAGUUUCCCCCAAGUCUCUCUUCCUUUCCCUCCACUUCUCCACCCUCAUUCUCCCCUAAUUCCUCCCAAUCUCCCAUCAUAUCCUCCCAGUUCCCCCCAAUCCCUGCUUUCUUUCUGCCCAGUUCUCCACCUCCAUUUCCACCCAGUUGCUCCCAGUUCACACUCAGUACCUCUUCCUUUCCUCCAAAUCCAUCUUCUCCUCUUCCCCCACCCCCUUCAACUCCCCUCCUUUCUCUGGCUGGUGCUUUCUCUCUGGCUGUGAUGACUGUGGCUCAGUCCCUGCUAACCCCUCAACCGCAGCUCCUUCCUCGACCUCCAAGCCCUCCUGCCCCUCCACCAAGUCCCCCAGCCCCUCUUGUACCAUGCAGCUUGGAGAGCCUUCUACCCCCCAAAGCUGAGGAGCAAAGUGAGGCUGCCCCUAGUUCUCAGUCGCUCCAGGUUGAAGCCAGGCUGUCACCCAUCACAGAAGAAGGGAAGCCACAGCUUGUUGGCCGUUUCCAAGUGACUUCAUCAAAGGAGCCAACUGAACCCCUUCUCCAACAGCCAACGGCUCCACCUCCGGGUUCCCCAGAACCUUCCACCCCGCUGUUGGCCCCCGAGAGCUCAGACACAGAGGAUAGUGCUGGAGGAGGGCCAGAGCCUGGAGAGGCUCUGGCUGAGAGCGAUCGGGCAGCAGAGGCUCUGGGGACUGGAGCUGAAGGGGAGGAUGGGGAAGAGAAGAGGGAGCCACAGAUGGGCACCAGCCCCCCUCCUCCAAGCCAGCCCAGCACGGUGUGGUUGAACUACACAUACAGCAGUAGCCUGUGUCUGAGCAGUGGGGACUCAGAAAGCAGCGGGGAAGAUGAAGAAAUCUGGGCAGAGCUGCAGAAUCUUCGUCAGAAGCACCUGUCUGAGGUGGAGACUUUGCAGAUGAUGCAGAAGAAAGAGAUUGAGGACCUUUACAGCAGGCUAGGGAAGCAACCCCCCCCAGGCAUAGUGGCUCCUGCUACCAUGCUCUCUAGCCGGCAGCGUCGAAUCUCCAAGGGCAGUUUCCCUGCCUCUCGUAGAAAUAGCCUGCAGCGACCAGAGCCCCCACCCCCUGGCAUUAUGAGAAGGAAUUCUUUAAGCGGCAGCAGCGCUGGCUCUCCAGAACAGCGACCAAGCAAGGGGGUGACAUUCGCUGGGGAUUUUGGCAGGAUGUGAGUCCAGAACCAAAGCAAUGUGGGACCAGGGUAGAGCUGAUGCCUUCAGGACCUGGUUGAUCUGUCUAACUCAGCAUGCUACAACAAGAUGGAAUGGCAGUGUGGUGCAGUGGAAAGACUUCAGCGUUUGACAUCAGGAGUUACCUGGAUUGGAAUCCUCCCUCUGAUACAGUGUGCCCAUGGGCAAGUCACUUUUAACUCUGUGCCUCUGUUUUCUCAUCUGUAAUAAUAGUUAUAAUGACUGCACCUACCU